AUGUCGCUCAUCUACAGCGAAGGAAAGGAAAAUGCGUUGAGACGGCUAAAGAAGAAGAUCCAGAAAUUGCAGACAGGUGAAUACCUAAUAAAUCGCUUCAUUAUUAGCUAUCUACUAAUCACUUUUUAAAAGGAGACGAGCAGAAUCCACUUGACCCUGAAAGCCAAAGUUGUAUACAAGACCUGCGGAUAACAGAUCCCCGGGAGGAUAAGAAGCGGAUUGAAGACACGAAGGGCGGGCUACUGCGAGACUCUUACCAAUGGAUCCUUGAACAUCCCGAUUUCCAGCAAUGGCGCGACGAUACACAGAGCCGGCUACUCUGGGUCAAGGGUGACCCUGGUAAAGGUAAGACGAUGCUUAUUAGCGGCAUCCUCGAUGAAUUGAGCCCUUCGACGAAGCUAAGAGACAAAGCGGCAACCACACUAUUGUCGUACUUCUUCUGCCAGGCUACCGAUGGCCGCAUUAAUAAUGCGUCAGCCGCGCUCCGCGGUCUUAUCUACCUACUCAUCGACCAGCAACCAUUGCUCAUCUCGUAUGUGCGGAAAAAGUACGACCACGCUGGCAAGGCCCUUUUUGAAGAUCCAAACGCAUGGGUUGCAUUAUCCGAAAUCUUCACUAGCAUUCUACAAGACCCAAGCUUGACGAGCAUCUAUUUGAUCAUCGAUGCGCUCGAUGAAUGUAAAGCAAAUCUUGACCAGCUUUUGGAUCUAAUUAGUCGAACUGCCUCAACAUCCACUCGCGUGAAAUGGAUUGUAUCAAGCCGCAACGAACCUAACAUUGAGGCGCGGCUGAGACUUGAUCAUACGCAGACGAGGCUUAGCCUUGAGCUUAACAAGGAGCAUGUCUCUCGCGCUGUCCAGUUGUUUAUCGAUUUCAAGGUUUCUAAACUGCGACUUAUUGAGGACGACGGCGAGCUACAGGAGACAAUUCGAGGUCAGAUAUACGAUAAGGCUAAUGGGACAUUUCUUUGGGCAGCUCUUGUCUUAAAGGAGCUUGAGCCCGUAGAGAGCUGGGACGUGCUCGAUGUGCUUCAGGACAUGCCGCCGGAGCUAGAACCACUCUAUGAUCGGAUGCUAUGUCAGGUUGAACAGCUACAACGCAGAGAUCCAGUGUUCUGCCGUCUCGUCCUUUCUACUAUAACGCUUGCGUACCGCCCACUCCACCUACUCGAGGUAGGGGCCCUUUCUAAUCUGCCUGAGAAAAUAUCUACCAAUCUCGAUAAAGUCGUGAAGGUUGUCAAUAAAUGCGGCUCGUUUCUCACUGUACGAGAGAAUCGGACGUAUUUUAUCCAUCAGUCGGCAAAGGACUUCUUGCUUGAAAGGGCAUUUGAUAGAGUAUUUCCAUCUGGAAAGGUAGAUAUAAUCUAUACCAUGUUCUCAAAAUCACUCGAGAUUAUGUCUAAAACGCUUCGACGCGACAUAUACGAAUUGCGCGACCCUGGAUUCCAGAUUGAAAUGGUCGAGCAGCCAGUUCCAGAUCCACUCGCAGCAGCGCAAUACUCCUGUCUCUAUUGGGUUGACCAUCUACUUGACUGUGAUAGGGGACAUACUACUAAUGAUCUUAUAGAUGGUGGCUCCGUUCAUCAGUUUUUAAAAAAGAGUUAUAUGUUCUGGCUUGAGGGGCUCAGCUUGAUGAAAAGCUUGCCAGAUAGUAUUAUGAUGAUAAUGAAGCUCGAGAACUGGAUUAAGGUAAGUUAUAUUACGAUUUUAAGGAUACCUUUAGAGAGGACUCUACUAACACAAACAAGUUCAAUGGAAGCCCUAACUUACUUGCGUUUAUACACGAUGCUAGGCGCUUUUCCGUAUCCACCCGAUCAAUUAUUGAACAAGCGCCUCUUCAAGCGUAUUGUUCAGCUCUUGUUUUCGCACCAGAGAAGAGUGUUGUUCGAGAAGCGUUCGAAAGCUAUAUUCCACCUUGGAUCCAGAAGAAGCCUAGGGUCGAAAUGUACUGGAAUGCAAUGCUACAAGCCCUCGAGGGCCAUACUGAUAUAGUCACCUCAGUCGCCUUCUCCCCUGACGGCAAGCAGAUCGUGUCUGGGUCUUGGGACCACACCGUCCGGCGCUGGGAUGCAGCCACGGGACAGCAGCUACUGCCAGCCCUCGAGGGCCAUACUGAUGCAGUCACCUCAGUCGCCUUCUCCCCUGACGGCAAGCAGAUCGUGUCUGGGUCUAGGGACCAGACCGUCCGGCGCUGGGAUGCAGCCACGGGACAGCAGCUACUGCCAGCCCUCGAGGGCCAUACUGAUGCAGUCACCUCAGUCGCCUUCUCCCCUGACGGCAAGCAGAUCGUGUCUGGGUCUAGGGACCAGACCGUCCGGCGCUGGGAUGCAGCCACGGGACAGCAGCUACUGCCAGCCCUCGAGGGCCAUACUGAUGCAGUCACCUCAGUCGCCUUCUCCCCUGACGGCAAGCAGAUCGUGUCUGGGUCUAGGGACCAGACCGUCCGGCGCUGGGAUGCAGCCACGGGACAGCAGCUACUGCCAGCCCUCGAGGGCCAUACUGAUGCAGUCACCUCAGUCGCCUUCUCCCCUGACGGCAAGCAGAUCGUGUCUGGGUCUAGGGACCAGACCGUCCGGCGCUGGGAUGCAGCCACGGGACAGCAGCUACUGCCAGCCCUCGAGGGCCAUACUGAUGCAGUCACCUCAGUCGCCUUCUCCCCUGACGGCAAGCAGAUCGUGUCUGGGUCUAGGGACCAGACCGUCCGGCGCUGGGAUGCAGCCACGGGACAGCAGCUACUGCCAGCCCUCGAGGGCCAUACUGAUAUAGUCACCUCAGUCGCCUUCUCCCCUGACGGCAAGCAGAUCGUGUCUGGGUCUAGGGACCAGACCGUCCGGCGCUGGGAUGCAGCCACGGGACAGCAGCUACUGCCAGCCCUCGAGGGCCAUACUGAUGCAGUCACCUCAGUCGCCUUCUCCCCUGACGGCAAGCAGAUCGUGUCUGGGUCUAGGGACCAGACCGUCCGGCGCUGGGAUGCAGCCACGGGACAGCAGCUACUGCCAGCCCUCGAGGGCCAUACUGAUGCAGUCGCCUCAGUCGCCUUCUCCCCUGACGGCAAACAGAUCGUGUCUGGGUCUAACGACAAGACCGUCCGGCGCUGGGAUACAGCCACGGGACAGCAGCUACUGCCAGCCCUCGAGGGCUAUACUACUCGGGUCAGCUCAGUCGCCUUCUCCCCUGACGGCAAGCAGAUCCCAACCUUACACGUUUCUCAAAACUGGCUAGCAGAUGGCACUACUAAUCUUCUCUGGCUACCUACUGGUUAUAGACCUACUUGUCAAGCUGCAUGGGGUGGAAUUAUUGCGUUAGGACUUUCGUCAGGAGGAUUGUUAGUUCUUCAGUUUGAACAACGACUUAAGCUUGUAAUAUAAUAUCUCUUUUUCUUUUUUCCUCUCUUCCAUCGAGGGUUCUAGGGGAGCCUAAUAAUUUAUAGUAAUUCAAUGGCUGUCAUUUGCUUCUAGAACCUUCUAGUAUAAGCUCGUGGCUAGCAAUAUCAUCUACGUAAUCAAUCAGUUACGCGACGUGUAGUGAUAAAUGAAAUGGCCAUUUGAGUAUUAGGUGAAAAACUUCAUCUACGUUAUAAGUCACGCGAUACACAUUACAUAUCAUACAGCAACCAUUUACAGUCAGCCAAAAAUAGCGAGAUAGUUAGUACUUAGAACUUCGAAGCGAAGCGACGCAAAGCUAAUUUUACAAGCGACUAUAAAUCAGAGUCACGUGUCGGUUUUCCAAUCUCGAAUUUACCUCGAUAUUUAGAGGUGUAGCUUUCAGCACACUAUUCCAAAAACGGUUCGCUACCUC